AUGGACUCGCUGCCCCCCUCCAUGCGCAAGAGACUCUACAGCCUGCCCCAGCAGAUAGGACCCAAGGCGUCGAUCAUGGACGAGGAGGAAGACAGCGACAAGGACACCCGGAGAAAAAGCAUCAGGCUGAAGCCACUGCCUUCGCCCUCUGCUGGGAGCACCCGGGCACUGGGGGGAGACCCCGGCAGAGGGGGAGACCCCGGCCUCCUGGAGACAGAGGCAGGCAGCAAGAGUGCCAAGACCAGCACCAACGGGGACUGCCGCCGCUUCAAAGGGAGCCUGUCCUCGCUGACCAGCAGGCACCUGCACGACGCGGCCGAGGAGAAGAGGCUGAUCGGUGGGGAAGGGGAGCCGGCCUCCCCCAGUGAGGACAAGAGCCCCCCCGGCAGUGGGGAGCUGGAACAGGGACUGCCAGCACCCCCACCACCAGCAUCCCCGCCAGAGCCUCAACAGCAGCCCCCCCGGGCUUGCUCCUCUACCUCCAUCAAAGUGGAAGGAAGUGGAGGGUGCGACCAGAUCACUCCCGAUGAGGAGCAGAGGCUGGGCCAAGCUGGUUUCAUGCAGAGGCAGUUCGGGGCCAUGCUCCAGCCGGGGGUCAACAAAUUCUCCUUGAGGAUGUUUGGCAGCCAGAAGGCCGUGGAGAGGGAGCAGGAAAGGGUUAAGUCUGCUGGGUUCUGGAUCAUCCAUCCCUACAGCGACUUCAGGUUUUAUUGGGAUCUGACCAUGCUGCUCCUAAUGGUAGGAAACCUGAUCAUCAUACCCGUGGGCAUCACUUUCUUCAAGGAUGAAAACACUACUCCAUGGAUUGUCUUCAAUGUGGUUUCGGACACGUUCUUCCUCAUCGACCUUGUCCUCAACUUCCGAACAGGCAUUGUGGUGGAGGACAACACAGAGAUUAUCCUAGACCCACAGAGGAUCAAGAUGAAGUACCUGAAGAGCUGGUUUGUGGUGGAUUUUAUCUCCUCCAUCCCCGUGGACUAUAUCUUCUUGAUUGUUGAAACCCGAAUUGAUUCUGAGGUGUACAAGACAGCCCGGGCGCUGCGCAUCGUGCGCUUCACCAAGAUCCUCAGCCUGCUGCGCCUGCUGCGGCUCUCCCGGCUUAUACGCUACAUUCAUCAGUGGGAGGAGAUCUUCCACAUGACCUACGAUCUGGCCAGUGCAGUGGUGCGGAUUGUCAACCUGAUUGGAAUGAUGCUGCUGCUGUGUCACUGGGAUGGCUGCCUCCAGUUCCUUGUGCCCAUGCUGCAGGACUUCCCUGAUGAUUGCUGGGUGUCCCUCAACCGCAUGGUGAACGACUCCUGGGGGAAGCAGUAUUCCUAUGCCCUGUUCAAGGCCAUGAGCCAUAUGCUGUGCAUUGGCUACGGGCAGCAGGCGCCCGUGGGCAUGUCCGACGUCUGGCUCACCAUGCUCAGCAUGAUUGUUGGGGCCACCUGCUACGCCAUGUUCAUCGGCCACGCCACUGCCCUCAUCCAGUCUCUGGACUCCUCACGGCGUCAGUACCAGGAGAAGUACAAACAAGUGGAGCAGUACAUGUCCUUCCACAAGCUCCCUGCGGACAUGCGGCAGCGCAUCCACGACUACUACGAGCACCGUUACCAGGGGAAGAUGUUUGAUGAGGAGAGCAUCCUGGGAGAGCUGAGUGAGCCCCUCCGAGAGGAAAUCAUCAACUUCAACUGCCGGAAGCUGGUGGCCUCCAUGCCCCUCUUUGCCAACGCGGAUCCCAACUUUGUGACAUCCAUGUUGACCAAGUUGCGGUUCGAGGUGUUCCAGCCCGGGGAUUACAUCAUCCGGGAGGGCACCAUUGGCAAGAAGAUGUACUUCAUCCAGCACGGGGUGGUGAGCGUCCUCACCAAAGGCAACAAGGAGACCAAGCUGGCAGAUGGCUCCUACUUUGGAGAGAUCUGCCUGCUGACGCGGGGGCGGCGCACGGCCAGCGUGCGCGCUGACACCUACUGCCGCCUCUACUCCCUCUCCGUGGACAACUUCAACGAGGUGCUGGAGGAGUAUCCCAUGAUGCGGAGAGCUUUUGAAACCGUGGCUCUUGACAGGCUGGACAGAAUUGGCAAGAAAAAUUCAAUUCUACUGCAUAAAGUCCAGCAUGACCUCAAUUCAGGUGUUUUCAACUACCAGGAGAAUGAGAUCAUCCAGCAGAUAGUGCAGCACGACAGGGAGAUGGCACACUGUGCUCACAACGUCCAGGCGGCCGCCGCCGCUGCUGCCGCUGCUGCCUCCACCCCCACCCCUGUCAUCUGGACCCCGCUGAUCCAGGCACCCCUGCAGGCUGCAGCAGCCACCACGUCUGUUGCCAUAGCUCUGACCCACCACCCACGCCUCCCCACUGCCAUCUUCCGUCCUCCAGUGUCCGUCCUGGGCUCCUUGGGACAGCAAUCCAACCAGACUCCAAGACAGCUGAAAAGGCUUCAGUCUCUCAUCCCGUCGACGGGGCCUUCUGCCGUUGGCUCGCCCUCCAGCACUCCAUCCCAGCUCCACACCCCAGGAGCAGAGACCCCUUCGUCCUCUUCCUUCCACAUCCAGCAGCUCGCAGGAUUCUCAGCUGCUGCUGGCUUAGGCCAGUUCCACGUGGGAUCCCCUCCAGGUGGCUCAAGCCAGCCAGCUUUGAGCAGCACAUCCUCCGUGGGGAUGAGCCAGUUCCAACAUGCACCUUCUGGAUCACCCUUAGGUACAGCUCAGCCCAUGCAGCAGCAGCAGCCCCAAACAGCCCUUUCCAGCAGUGGAUUUGGGCACUUCCAGCAAGCCCCAACUAGCUCCCCAUCAACAUCACUCACCCAACUAUCAUCAAACUCACCCCCCAGUCUUCUCAACCAGUUCCAGUCCACCACAAGACCACUGCAGGGAGGACAGUUACAGCAGCUCUCGGGCAAUGGGACUUUGGGGGGCAUGAAUCACUUCCAACCCCCUCCUUCUUCCAGCUCUCCAUCGUCCAGCCUAAGCCAGCUGGCACAGGCCUCUGGUGGGCCGUCCUCAAGCCUGUGCCAAACACAUUCAAGUGCAUUAGGAUCUUUAACUGGAACGAUAGCCCAGCUCCACCAAGAACGGCCACCUUUUGCCUCCAUGUCUCCACUCCAACAGUCUGGCGUCGCCUCUCCCUGUUAUACCCCUUCUGGCCUUAGUCCUCCCAGUCAGAGCCCAGUGGCAACAAGAACUUUUCAGUGUGGCCCUCCUGGGGCCUCAGGCUCUCACGGAUCUCUGCUCCUGCCUCAGACCGCCAGCCCACCUCCGCAGAUCCUGCCGUCCAAGAGCGCGCCGCCCGUGCCGCCGGGACGGCUGAACCAGGACAUCAAGUUGAUUUCUGCUUCCCAGCCAUCUUUGCCCCAAGAGCUGGCUCAGACACUGAGCCAAAGUUCUCCUCAUUCCUCUAGAGAAUCUGUUUCCAGCUUCUCUCCUUUUCCUGGUGGAGGUACUGGACUUCUUGGGAAGCCUUGUAGGUCCAUUCCUGGCCGUGUGACUUUACCACGUCAGAUGUCCUCAGGUUCUUUGCCGCAUCCACUGGUGUUUGGGGCCGGCGCUGCUGCUCUGACUGCUGGUGGGAGGAAAGAAUCCAUAGUACUCACAGGGGAUCUGGAACCUGUCAGAUCCAAACUGCCCUCCAAUUUGUGA